AUUCUUUUCAUUAUCUGUCUGUCUGUCUGUCUGUGCCACUUUAUCUCCCAUUUUUGUAAUCUUUCUUCAGAUCACAUUUGAAAAACUAAGGCAGAAGUUGAAUAAUGUCGUUAUCUAUAUUUAAGGAUUUGCCAGAUGAACAUCCGCGCCAUUUGAUUCCCUCACUAUGCAGGCAAUUUUAUCAUAUGGGCUGGGUAACCGGCACAGGAGGAGGAAUGAGCAUUAAGUUGAAUAAUGAGAUCUAUAUAGCGCCAUCGGGAGUGCAAAAGGAGCGUAUGCAGCCGGAGGAUCUGUUUGUGCAGGAUAUAAGUGGAAAGGAUUUGCAAUUACCGCCCGAGAUUAAAGGAUUAACGAAAAGCCAAUGCACACCGCUCUUUAUGCUGGCUUAUAGGCAUCGAAAGGCCGGUGCUGUCAUACAUACACACUCCCAGCAUGCCGUAAUGGCCACUCUAUUGUGGCCAGGAAAAACAUUCCAAUGCACCCAUUUGGAAAUGAUAAAAGGUGUAUAUGAUGAAGCCGACAAAAGGUAUUUGCGUUACGAUGAGAAACUGGUGGUACCCAUUAUUGAGAACACACCAUUUGAGCGUGAUUUGGCUGACAGUAUGUAUGCGGCAAUGAUGGAAUAUCCCGGCUGUAGUGCCAUCUUAGUUCGACGUCACGGUGUCUAUGUCUGGGGACAAACCUGGGAGAAGGCAAAAGCCAUGUCCGAGUGCUACGAUUAUCUCUUCCAAUUAGCUGUGGAAAUGAAAAAGAAUGGCCUUGAUCCAGAGAAAUUCGAACCUAACUGCUAAGAGUGCCGAAGAGUGGGUGUAAGAGACAAGGCAUGUUAAAAUUUGUUAGCCAAAAAUUCAUAUGCACAAGUAGAGAGAACUAUUAAACUAUGUACAUAUGUAUAUAAUCUAA